UAUUUUUAAUAAGGGAAUGAGACAAAAUAUCGCCUUGUCGUGAAAUACUACUUUAUUUAAAUCAGUUACAACGAAAACUGGCUCCCCCCGCGAUGUUCUGAAUGGUGGUUCCUUCCUGUCCAAUCAAAUUCGUAGUUCCUAUAUCCGGGUUCCUAGAGAGUGACUCGCAUGUGACAGGAGAUGUCCCCGCCUCCAAACACCACGGCGGCCAUCUUUCCGAAGGCUGAUAGUUUUACCACCUAAGCAAAUUAGCUUCGGUAAAAUGGUUCCUCGCAGACGCCACAGCGAUGCUGUCCUAUGUGCCGGUAGUCGGAUGUAGUAGUAGUAGGGAAAACGGCCUCGAGUCGUCUGAAAAGCGAUGGAUCCUCGUUCUCAACUAGAGGUGCAUCCACACCACGAGCAGCGGAAGAUCUGCGCCUCACGGGCCAAGUACCGCGAUGGACGGAAGCCGAGAGCAGUCAAAGUUUACACCAUUAAUCUGGAGUCUCGGUACUUGCUGGUGCAGGGGGUCCCGGCCAUCGGGGUUAUGAAGGAACUGAUUGAGCAUUUUGCUCUCUAUGGAGCAAUAGAAGAAUACAAUCCCCUGGAUGAGUACCCGGCCGAGCAGUUCACAGAGGUCUAUCUCAUCAAAUUCCAGAGGGUGCAGAGCGCACGAGUCGCAAAACGGAAAUUAGAUGAAUGCAGUUUCUUCGGAGGUGUCCUUCAUGUUUGCUAUGCCCCAGAGUUCGAGAGCGUACAAGAGACCAGAGAAAAACUUCAAGACAGAAGGCGGUAUGUGGCGCGAGCAACGGCUGAUAGAGACGGUCAAAGUGCAGAACGGAGAAAGGUCGUGCCUGAGAAGUCCCAUUUAUUGUCUGCAUCUGUGGAAUCGAGCUCUGCGGGCACUUCCACAUGGGGCCCCUCUCCGCAGCCUGAUGACUUUUCACCCAUGCUGCCGUCCAUGCCCCCUGAACCUUACCAGGAAUACAGAUCGACUUCUCCCUCAAGCUCUUAUUCCAGAAACCUGCCUUCCGGGGGCAGUGUGCACCCCCCACCCUGCAGCGGACCAGAGAGAACAGGCAGUCCAGCGCACAACAUUUUGAGGAGUAACCCGACCAGGUUUAUGCCAAGGACUACGCAGCUGCAAGAGAGACAAAAGAGACGGGAGGCAAGCCUGGCACUUUCACUAUCUCUAGCCGACUCUCCAGAGGUUGUAAUAGGACCAAAAUUGCCUGAACUGCCAAAAUUAGACCUGGAGGAUGAUUCUCUGAACACAUCUGCUAAAUUAAUAAGAGGAAAACUAAACCAGGUUUCUAAAUUCUCUCCACUAACCGCACCAGAGGACAAGUCUGUGGACACUCAAUCUGCACCUCCAGUAAAACAGAGAAGAAGAAUAUGACCCUUGGAGGGGAGAACGUGGGGGAAAAAAACUUUUGUAUAUUUGAAGUUCCACGGAGAAAUACGGACAAGCCUUCGAUCCACUCGCUCACGCUGAUGUAGCUGUCGUUGUCCUUGUCGAAUCCGCGGAAGACUGGUGAUAGAAGCACAGGGGUUACUAUGCAGAGCGCCACGUGCGUGCCCAUA